AUCGGCCAGCUUCAGAUCUGCCGUUCCCCGCCGGCCUGCCGGCGCUUAUCGGCGUACGGCUCGUCGACCACGACCAGACCUCCUCCUACUUGGUAGGCGCGACCGCCCAAGCGUCCAGGCCAGUGUGCUUUGCGCCCCUCCUUUCAACGUCACGGUCUCGCCGUCCUUCCCAGAUCUGACCACCUCGUCGCAUCGCAUCCCGCCCGGUCCACUCCGACGGCCGCCCCGUUCCCCUUCUUUAACCCCGCCACCCCGAUGAUCUAGCCCCGCACUCCACCACCGUCCCCGCAAGUUGAGCGCUAGCACCAGUCAACGGACCUCCCGCCGCCAUGGCCGCGGCGCUCCUCCUCCUGCUGGUCCCGCCCGUCGGCCUCCUCGCCGCGCUCGCCUUCCUGGCGCGCCCCCGCGCCGCGCGCGUCCCGCUCAAAGGCCGCCACGUCCUCAUCACGGGCGGGUCCAGCGGCAUCGGGCUCGCCAUGGCCACGGCCGCGGCGCGGGAGGGCGCGCGGGUCUCCAUCCUGGCCCGCAACCUCGCCCGCCUCGAGGAGGCGCGCGCCGCCAUCCAGCGCGAGUCCGGCCGCGGCGACGUCGGCGUCCACGCGGCCGACGUGCGGGACGCGGACGCCGUGGCGCGCGCGCUCCGGGAGGCCGGGCCCGUCGACGUGCUGGUCUGCAACCACGGCGUGUUCGUGCCGCAGGAGCUCGAGCGGCAGGACAUGGAGGAGAUCAAGUGGAUGGUGGACAUCAACCUCAUGGGCACCUUCCACCUCAUCAAAGCCGCGCUCCCCGCCAUGAAGGCGCGCACCCGCGAGACGCGCCUCCCUGGGUCCAUCGCGAUCAUGUCCUCGCAGGCCGGCCAGGUUGGUGUCUAUGGGUACACUGCGUACUCAGCGAGCAAGUUUGCGCUUCGGGGAUUGGGGGAGGCGCUGCAGCAUGAGGUCAUUAUGGACAACAUUCAUGUCUCGCUGAUCUUCCCUCCUGACACUGAGACUCCAGGUUUCGAAGAGGAGCAGAAGAGGAGGCCAGAAUUGACGAAUAUCAUCGCGGCUUCAUCAGGUGGAAUGAAGGCCAAUGAUGUUGCAAAGAAGGCUCUGGACGGCAUCAAAUCCGGGAAGUUUAUUGUCCCCUGCAACUUUGACGGCGCAAUGUUGGCUAUAGCCACUGCUGGUUUAUCCCCACAGAGCUCCCCUGUAAUGGCAUUCCUAGAGGUGAUUGGUGCUGGACUCAUGAGGUUUGUAGCGCUUUGUUUCCAGUGGAAUUGGUUUUCUACCAUAGAGAGCUACUAUGCCAAGAACAAGAAGCGCGAGUGAGAUCACAAUACAACGUGACACACCCGGAUACCAAUUUUGUUGAGUUCGUCGGAGUUGAAAGACUAACAAAUAAAUUGUCUUGUUGGUAACCUGAUUUGAAUCUCAUGUAAUGGGCAUGCAGAGUACCUGUAGUUCUGCUUCUCAGUUUUAGCUUUACCUCGUUUAGAUCAUGUGUACAGUGUAGAUUUCAGCAAAGCAAUGAAAUAAAGGCACAAAUUUCGUGGAUUU